AUGGAACUUCCUGGACCGUCGUCAUCGUCAAGUAAUUUUUCCGCGAUCGCUCGACGUCUUCUUCUCACUCGGCGAAAUAAUGAAUGCCCAGAAACGCCUGUUCUCCUCCUACCUGUUUCUGGAACAAAAUUACCGGUUCAAAACACUACUGUUUCCUUACCACAACUAGUUGAGGACAGCAAACCACCAACUCAAGAGCCGAACCGUAGUUUACCAGAAGAGGUUCAAGAUGUAAAACCAUCAGUGGACGACAUUGAAUACGAGUGGUCGGAUUCGGAGUGCAGCAGCGAACUUGAUGAGUUUAUGGAGCAACUUGCACGUGCUCGAGAAAACCAGCCUAUCGAAUGUUACGCAGGGAUUUGCGGCCGCAUCCACAGCUUACGAAAGGAAAGAUUCAUGGCUCUCCACGCUGGAAACGCUGAUGUUCCAGUACUAGGAAGAAGAUCCAAAAUUGUGAUCAGACGAGUGCGACAGUUCUUUGAGGAGUUCAAAAAAAUCCUGGGAGACGAAUGCGAAGGAACUAUCUUUAGUUCGACAGUGGAGCUGACAGCUUGGGCAUGUGGUAUUACACCGGAUACUGUGACGAGGAUAGGAGUAAAAGAAGAUUUUGUGCAUGAACUCUUUCCUCGUACGAAGAAGAAGAAGACGUGCUUCAGUUUCGCAAAAGAGAAGGAAAUAACGAUAAAGAAAUAUGAGGAUGAAUGGGGUGAGGUCAUUCGCGAUUUUAUUAGGCACAAAAUGUCAAAGGAUAAGGAUAUGACGUCCAAUCGUCUACACGCGGAGCUUUGUCGUGAGUACAGUCAUUUUCCAAUUGCUAGAGGAACUUUGUACACCUUUUUGAAUGCAAUGGGCGUUAAGUUUCAUAGAGUGAAUGGAAGACGCAUGAUGAGUAUUUAA